AGUGGAGAUGUUCUCAGUACCUGUAUAGUCCAAUAAAACUUGUUCACCUGAAGCUGCAACUGCAUCACUGUCCUGAGGUCUCAAAACACAGAGGUCUCCGUGCUAUGGCCCGGAUACCAUGGGCUGUAUCCAUGCUGUUACUGCUGGUGCUGUCCUCCCAAGGGGUGGUCUCCACCCCCACCCAGCACCUGUGUGGCUCCCACCUGGUUGAUGCUCUGUACUUUGUGUGUGGGGAACGGGGCUUCUUCUAUAAUCCAAACCGAACAGCCCACAAGAGAGACCUGCAGCCCUUGCUUGGGUUCCUGUCCAAAAGUACCAGACAAGAGAAAAAGCUGUGGAAGGAUGUGUCUGGCCAUGAUGAGCCCAAAGUGAAAAGAGGCAUCGUGGAACAGUGCUGCCAUAAGCCCUGCAGUAUUUACCACCUGGAGAGCUACUGUGACUGA